AUGGGUGACAUAAACCCAUCGACAUCCCAUGCAUUUCAGUCGGAGGACUCUCCACUGCGCAGUAGCUCAAGCCCCCCGAACAGUACAGGCAGCACAGCCGACAGUGAUGGCUGGACCCCAGGACCAGCAUCUUCCUGCCCCCAACGCCCCCUGAAGGGCCCCCAGGAUAGGAGCAGGAAGCGUCCACAGCCAGGAUCCAUUCUGUCCAGCCACGCCAAGAAAGAUCACACAAUCACUACCCUGCAUCCAGAUGAUCGCAGGAAAGCUGACAAGCUGAAGAAGAAGAAGAGGAGGAAGGAGAGGGAGCAUCAGUCUGUUGAAGAACGUGGGGCUCACUUAGCAGUCCCAGAGCUGCAGUGCCCGCUUUCCUUUGGCGGCCGAACAAUCAAAGAAGAGCCAGAAGAUGACAUCAGCAUUCCCCUCCAUCCUCAGUGCGUGCCUAGCCCGUCCCCUUGCAAAGAGGAACCCAAGGAAGAGCGUCGAUACUGGGACGGACGAGACCUUGAGGAAGGGGUGGUAAAGAUACAGAAGGUGGAGGGCUUUUCAGGAAACAGAACGGUGUUCCGCCAGGGGAAGCAGGUGGUGUUCCGAGACGAAGAUGGCUCAGGGGAGGAUGAGGAUAUAAUGGUAGACUCUGAUGAUGACUCGUGGGACCUGGUGACAUGUUUCUGCAUGAAGCCUUUCGCAGGACGCGCCAUGAUCGAAUGUAACAAGUGCAACACCUGGAUCCACCUGUCGUGCGCUAAGAUCCGCAAGAGUCACGUGCCAGAGACAUACGUGUGCCAAAGCUGCCGAGAGACACACGGACCCCCAGACACUCGACGUUCCCACCGCUCGCGUGUAGGCCCACGAAAACACAUGCUGGACUGACCCCAGGCCACAUCCAGAACUCUGACCCGUACCGCUCCUACUUUAACCCUCUACUGGACUGGCCCCUCCUCCUCAGAUUCAGGUCUUGCACCCUUCAGUCUCUCUCCUUCAAGGUUCAACCAUGAACCCAUAUUUUCUACAAAUAUUUUAGUGGACCUAUCCCGAGCCCUUAUCCCAUUUGAGAACAAUUUGAGUGCUAUUUUAGAUUUACUAAGGUUUGUUUCUGCUUCCUACAGACUCUGCGCGUAAGGCAAUCACUGAAUGGAUGUCUGUCUGUAGAUGACAUUAGCAUAGCAACAAACUGCUACUUUUGGGGCUUGGUGUCUCGUGAACACUGGAAGCAUUUUGAACUGCCAUAUUGAGAGAAUAUUCUCACAACUGCCACCCACUAUGGUGCAUGCUGGGAUUUGUGGGAAAAAUGGUUUGCACUUUUUUUUAAAAAAAAAUCCACCUAACCUUUCUUUCAGAGACGAGUGUGUCUUUCUGAUCUGGUUAAACUGGAUUUAAUUUCUCUAUGAUGCCUCUAUUGAUGUUACAUAAUUAACCAUUUAAAACAGGAAAACAAGUUGAGGCUUGAGUCAAUUGCUUCAGAUGGUGCUAUAGUAUUAAGCUGAGGUAUAAUCGAAUAGAACAAAGAUGUAGGAUAAGAGGCUAGAGUCUGCAUCUGCUUCAUCAGUUUGUUGUUCUGCUUUUCUUGUUUAAGACAUUUUCAAGAAUAUCAUUGAGGCCAUUAGCUCAUACAGCUGAACCAAGAUCUUGUCUUCCAGACACUGAUAUUCCUCUGAAUCAACACGUUACUCAGCCAUACACAGAAGCUUUCACACUUUGUUUCUCAACGUGUUUAAACAGUGUUCUUCGCUGACCACAUUUGUUCUUAAUAAAGAAAUUGUUAUAUAACAGUUUAGAAAAAAAAGAAAAGUUCGGCAAAUGACAACAGUCAGGUUUUCAGUGUAUCCUGUUAUCUCUGGUCAGUAUGAUUUUAGUUAACCACUUGAUGCGCUUGACUAAGUUUUCAGAGACAAAUAUAUUUAUAGAAGGGAACCACAGUCCUGUUUGCAGUACUGACAGGUGAAAAAAAAACGUAUCUUUAACUGGAAUGGUGUCAGACCAGAAAUCUUCAGUUUUCAAUGAAGAUUUCUGGUUGAAAUUAUGCACGCAAGCGUUUAAAUAAGGGUGUUGGCGAUGCAUCUGCUGCUAUGAGUUGUCUGAACCAAUCUCCAUGUUUUGUUU